AUGACCCAGCUCGGGCAUCUCCUCAGUGCUCUUGUUCUUGGCUUGAAUAGUGCGGAACCGAGGGAAGAAGUCGAAGCGAGCGUUUCGGUUUGGGCUGGUAAAUUCGCGAACAUGGGGGCUUUGCAUGCGCCAGGCAUCAAAAAGAUUCAGAGCCUGCGUCCACUCCGGGAGUUCUUAACGGCCCUCGCGACGGGCUCUGUUGGUGGCGUGGACUUGAUCGAGCUGGGUCGAAAAAACGAAAUUGAAGUCUCCGAGAGCUAA